UUUCACUCUCCCUCCAUCUCUCUCUUUUUCUCUGCGGGCGGGGUGUACGCAGUCGCGCUGAGGACACACACAUAUAUACACACACAAACACACACGUACGCGUUCGCUGCGUGCGCGUGGAAAGCGUGGUUCAGUGACGCCAGGCCGCGCGCGCGCGCUCAGAUUCUCCUCCACACCGCUGUCUAAUGCACUAACGCGACCAAAUUCCUUCAUCGUUACACCUCGGAUCAGUGUCGCUUAUUACCGCGUUUGUUUUUGUCCUUCCUUUCUUUUAUUGCACUCGAGCCGCCAGUCUCCUUCUCUCUCCCUCUCUCAGUCUUCCCUGUUUCACAGAGCGACGUUCUUCGAAAAGGGGACCAUGACAAGUAAUUUGAGUAAAUAGGUGAAUUUACAGUACACAAGACCAGAACCAGCAACCAUCUUUUAGAAUAAAGAAACUAGAAGAAGUAAAAAAAAAAAAAAAAAAAGAAGAAGUGGAAAGAGACAAGUGCAGGGAGGAGAGGAAAAGUGUGCGAGGACAGUCGAUGGAUGCUGCCCGGACCAAGGGGACAGCAGAUUCUCAUCUAGCGGGGAAAAGAAAGAUUUCAAAAUUGAGUCGAAGGAUAGAAACCUGCCAUCAGGCAUGGUGUGUGAGAAGGGGAUCCAGAUCCUUCUCACCAUCGUGGGGGCAUUCGCCUCCUUUGGCCUGAUGACAGUGGCAAUCGGGACAGACUACUGGCUCUACUCUCGUGCUCUGAUCUGCAACAGCACUGCCAAUGUGACACAGGAUGACCCACACAACAAGGACAAGAAAGACCCUGGAGCCCUCACACACUCUGGCCUUUGGAGGAUCUGUUGCCUUGAGGGUGUGAAGCGUGGGGUGUGCUCUCAGAUCAACCACUUCCCUGAAGACGCCGACUUCGACCACGAUGGAGCAGAGUACGUCUUACGAGUGGUUCGGGCUUCAAAUAUCUUCCCUAUCCUUAGUGCAAUCUUGUUGCUGAUGGGAGGCGUGUGCAUCGCCGCCAGUCGAUUCUACAAGAGCAAGAGGAACAUCAUCCUUGGAGCUGGCAUUCUGUUUGUCGCUGCAGGUUUAAGCAACAUCAUUGGUGUGAUUGUGUACAUCUCUGCGGCACUUGGUGACAUCUCUCCGAAGAAGGAUGAGGAUAAAAAAUGGCAAUACUCAUAUGGCUGGUCCUUCUAUUUCGGUGGCCUUUCGUUCAUCCUAGCUGAGAUGGUGGGGGUACUGGCUGUCAACAUCUACAUUGAGAAGAACAAGGAGCUUCGUUGCCGCUCACGCACCGACAUCUUCAAGAGCACGACACACGCUGUGCUGCGCCUGCCUAGUUACCGCUUCCGCCGCCGCUCUUCGCGGUCUAGCUCGCGCUCCACUGAGCCGUCCAGAGGCUCACGGGACCCUUCGCCCGGUGCUGCUGGCCCACCAGGGAGCAAAAGCUUUGGCCUGCCCCCCUCAGCACUGCUCUCACAAGGGCCUGUGUCCGUUUCCACCCUGCCCAAUCCACACUCCCACGCGCGCUCCCAUUCAGCCCUACCCGGAGGUGACAUCUCGCUCUACACUCUGUCACGAGACCCCAAACUGGGUGCACUAGGAGCUCUGGGUGCUCCUCCUCUGUACGGCACGGUGGAUCGUGCUACACUUUACCAGUUGCACAACUGCUUUCCUAAAGAGAGUGGUGGAGGAGGAGCCACUAUGAUGAUGAGUGGCACACUGCCCUCUCUCAAGUCCCAUAAUCCUUCAGGAGUGCAGAAUUCGUCCAGUGGAAACUCGGCACCCUCGUCGCAACCCCCAGCAUUCUCUUCCUCCACAGUAGAGAGGGAGAGAGGAAUGGGCACACUCGACAGGCUGGCCAAGCCCGAAAGCAACUCCAACACGCUAAACAGGAAAACAACACCAGUGUAGGGAGAGACUAAAACAGAAGCUAGUGUGAAUCCUGUACAGUGGAAAGCCAGAUGAAGGUUGUGGUCGAGUCAAGAAAAGGGAAAAUGGAUGGAGAAAUGAAUAUAUUGCUUCUGUUUAAAAUGAUAUUUUGUUUCAUAUGAAGGAAAAUGAGUUCUGGAUGAAAAGUUAAACCAGUGACAAUUCAUAAUAACAACUACAACAUUCAUUUAGUUUUAUUACAUUUUUUAAAACCGUGAACUAUGAUCAUUGGAUACUGUACUGUGAAUUUUUUUUAUUUAAUUUUUUUGUUAGAAAUUGAAACAAGUGUCUAAGUGCAUUCCUGGAGGGUUUGUUGUUGUUGUUAUUAUGAGGGGGGUGGGGGCAGGGGGACAUCUGGCUUUUUAUGUUGGAAAUGAUUUUCAAGACAUCAACUGUGAUUCCGAUACAGUGGAUACUGCAAAAGCAUGAGUGUCUAUUAAUAUGUGUGAAAGAAAACUAUUAUUAUUAUUAUUAUUAUUAUUAUUAUUAUUAUUACCAUCAUCACUACUUCUACAACUAGCAUCAAAACCAACUUUGUAGGAAAGCAUCAAAUUUAUUUUUUAGAAUCGAUUUAUUUUCUACCCUUUGAUAACAUUAUGUGUUUAUUCUGAAUAUCGUCUUCCAAGAUCUAUGGACAGAAGAAAAAAAAAACAUUAAUGGACUAAAAACUGCUGACCAAGCAUUUCUUUGUUUGUUUUGUUUAUUUGUUUCUAAUGAGUUACCACCCUAUCAUUAUUUUUUAACAAUCAUUAGUAGCUGUGAAAGUAGCAGUAUAUUUUUGUCAGGGCAUUACCAGAUUACUAUA